GCUUGUGCUCACACAGAAGCCACCAUCCUGCUUUGUGUGGCUGACGGUUUCUUGCCAUGUCUUCUCAUAAGACUUUCAGAAUCAAGGGAUUCCUGGCCAAGAAACAAAAGCAGAAUCGUCCCAUUGCCCAGUGGAUUCAGAUGAAAACUGGUAAUAAAAUCAGGUACAACUCCAGGAGGAGGCACUAGAGAAGAACCAGGCUAGGUCUAUAUGGCAUCACACAUCAUGAGAUGACACACCUAAUUGGCACCACAUAUUUAAUUAAGCUGUGUGAAGAUCACAUGUUCUAUCCUAUAACUCUGUAAACAUCCUUCCUACCUGGCCAUAGACAGGAAAUGGAAAUGAUUUUUCUCUGUUACUAUGCCUCUGCACCAGUAGG